GCCCGCCCUCCCGGCUCCAGGCGCGCUGCCCGCGCAGGGCCGAGGCCCUCUGUUCCCCCCGUGGCCGUGGCUCGUCCCGGGGAAGGGGAGCUUCGGCCUGGUACCUCUGUGCUUCAAUUGCCUGCAUCCUCAGCUGCUUCCCAUCUUCCGCGCUUUCUCCCUGCUUCGUUGAAUUAUCCUUUGGUUCCCUGCUGUGCCUGCUUUUUCGUUUGUGUAAAUCGCGGGCUUCUUGCGGUUCUGUGCUGGAUGAUGUAUUGUGCAGCGCCCAGAUCCUCCUGUACUAAAAACCUUUGUACAAAAGCAUAAGUUGCUCCAAGCCAAUGUAUCCAUCUGUUAGGAAUCACAAAAAAGUUUUCUAGAAAGCCUUAGGCAGAAGAUACUCAAGACUCUAAGAAAAUUUAGAAGAAUUUUAUAUAAUUAAGAAAAUUUAAGAAAACUUAGAGAUAGCAGAUCCUUUAAUUUGAAUGUUGUAGGGUUUUUUUUUUAUUCAAGCAUAAGCCCUAAAUGCUUUUUUAAAAUAAAAUCAAGACGUCAUCUUUUGUAAAAAGAAAGAAACAGUUUUUCACUCCUGGUGAAUGCAGGGAUUUUUUUGUUUGCCUCACUCUUUGGUUGGAGCAUUCGAUAAUAUUUUUUUGUUGGUCCGACAAUAAAGUGUGAGCAAAGGAAACAGAAGAUAGAGGCAGAAUGAGGAUGCUCCUGUUUUUAACUAUGCCAAAGGUAUUCAGUGUAUGCACAUUCUGUUUAUGGAUUUUCCAGCUUAGUUUUACAGUACUUGUUUCUUUUCAACCCCAACAGUUUGUUUAGUGCGGUGAUGAGAGCCUUCUUGAUCACAGGUUGCUUUUGGCCUGACAGGCCCAAAGUCAAAGCUCCAUGUUGCCAUCUUUUGUGGAAGACCUUGAAGUCUUUAUGAUGUCAUCAGAAUUGUUUUUUUUUUUUAGCGAGCACUUUACAUUUCUACCCAAACUGUCAAAGUAUGCAUUUUUCAGUGCAGUUCUCCCCAGUUUCUUGUGCAUCUCUUCAUUGGUGGAAACUGAGAAGUCCUUGGUUUAAAGUAAGCACUGCCUAACCACAACCAACACAUUGGUGUGUAGCCAACAUUGGCAUGCUAAUCCAAAAAACAGCGUUGUCCCAGCUACUAGGAUGAGCAUUAACGCUAUCCCAGCUGCUGAGGUUUGGAAUAUUAGGUAUGUAACAGCUCAUAUUUCCUCAUUAAAGAGUAAUAUCCUGGAGACAUCUGGCAAUGGCUAAGAACAGAAUAUCCAAAGCCUCAGCUUUAGUUAGAUAAUAAUUCUUCUUAGCUAAUAUAUCAGAUAGAUACACAGAACUAUCUUUGGGAGUAAAUGCACUGUUAAGACAAUUCACUAACUCCAUAUGUAUUAAUUGGAAAGGAGUUGUCCUUAACAAAGCAAUGUGCUUUCAAAAAGCAAUGAGUUAAAGAGGCACAGUGUCCUUACCAAUUGGAAGUUGGUAGUCAUGAGUUUUAAAAUAUAUAGGUUUUACUGAUGUUUGACUGGGAAAAUCAGAUGUGUUCUAGCAAAAAUUUUAAAGUCUAAAAGAAAAUUUUACCUAGUAAAGGAAUUGUAUACCAAUAGCUUCAAAGUUAGUAUUGUAGUUCUUAAAGGUUAUGUCCUUGCCUUAUGGCAUAAGAUCCAAAACCAAGAUGAGACACUUAACAAGCAUGGCUGGGCAGGUCAGUCAGGUGAUGUGGAGCACUGGUGCAAAGAACAGUGGGCUGGCCCACAGGGUGGCCUGGCAUUUGCAUGUUUUAACUCUCUUCCCUCUCCAGACCUAAGGAGGAAGCUUAUCUGUCAGCAUUUUCCAUAUUGAUGUAGAAUUGUAUUUGGAAGACGAUGAAAAUUUGACUUGAAAGCCCAGUUUAUUUUUGUUUGUUUUUCUGUGUUUGUUGUCUAUGAAAGAAUGUUGCUUGACAUGGAAAAUUGCAAAUGAGCCACUUAUUUACAGUCAGUAGUGUAUUGGAGGUGAAGAACAAUGUCUAAACUACCAGACAUUAUUCCCCAAGUGGGGAGUUGUAGUGCAGUGUGCUGAUGUGUAUGUUUUAACCAAAUGUAGGGAGAAUAAUAGGAGGGAAAAUACUUACUAAUUUAAGAAUCCUGUAUAGCUGGGAGGGAGUUAUCUAAGAAUUAAGCCCAUUAGUUAGUAACAAUUGAAUCUAAAAUCUGGAAGCCAUUUCCCUUCAUGUGGACAAAUUUCUUUACUGCAUGAACAGUGAACAAACAGCAGCUUGAAGCUAUCUGUAAUGUAUAGUGAAUCCCUGGCCCACUUGACUUAAAGCCUUUUAAACCUACCUGCAGUGGUAGGUAACAUGGUACAAAAGACUGAUCAGAAUAAUCCUAAAUUGAACCUAUUGCCCAGCAGUCUGCAACCAAGAACCAUUUUUGAUUCUUAGUCUUUGCUUCCCAGAUUUGGUGGGUUGUUCUGGUGGUUUUUUGGUUUUUUUUUUUGUAACAUGAUCUGUUACUAGUGCAAUAAUAAUAUUCAUUACUGUGAUAAUAGUCCCCUCACUCUCCACUCCUGCAGAGUUGCACACAUUCUGUCAGGUGAAUUAUGGAGAUUCAUGUUCUCUUCAGCAUCAGGCAUGGGACCAGCUGGUGCUGAGGGUAGAGCACUGGAUGAACUGUAAAGCUGCCAUGGAAGCCUGACAAAUAGAAAAAUACAACAAAGUGAAGAGAAAAUUCAUUUCAUGAGAACUGAACUCUGCUUUCAUUUGCUUUUAAAUUUAUUUAUAUUAGUAGCUGAUUAGUGUCAGAUCAUCUUUGUAGUCUGCUGUGGUAAAAUUACUAGGUUAAGCCUGGAAAAAAUGAAACAGUUAAAAAGAAAAAGAAAAAGCAAUUUUAGUGUUCAGGAAACUCAGACUCUCCUUAAGGAAAUCAGAAAAAGGAGAGAAGUACUCUUUUCAAAGCAACUUAAUACAACAAUUAAUGAGAUGAAGCGGAAAGCUUGGGAGGAAAUAGCAGAGUGUGUCAAUGCUGUAGGUGAAGGAGAGCAGAGAACGGGGACAGAAGUGAAAAGGCGAUACCUUGACUGGAGAGCACUCAUGAAGAGAAAACGUCUGAAUGCAAACAUCAAGGUAGUAGGUGCUGGGUUUCACCUUCCUUCAUCCAAUUUAGAUGACUCUCUCAAUGAAGACAUGGAUGAGAAAAUGGGAUUUGCAAUUGAAUCUAGUUUUGAGUGGCAAAAUAUCACUGACUUCAGAGAAGCCGGUGGAUCUUUGACAGAAAUCAAAGUAGAGGAGGAAGAGGAAGAUCCGCAGAAUUUUGAAUUUCCUAUUGAGGAAGAAGAAGAAAUAUUGUCAUCAGUUCUGCCAGAUUCAAAAAAGGAAAAUGACCUACCAGACUUCCCCCACAUUGAAGAAUUUGGAAAUCUGAGCUCUGCUCAAGCUAGGCUAGCCUAUGAAGAUUCUCACUUGCUCAUGAAUCUGGAGAAGCAAAAGGUGGAGCUGGAGAAACAGCGACUGGACAUUGAAGCUGAAAGGUUGCAAGUGGAGAAGGAGCGCCUGCAGAUUGAGAAGGAGCGCUUGCGGCACGUUGACUUGGAGCGUGAGCGGCUUCAGAUUGAGAAGGAGCGACUUCAGAUAGAGUGGGAGAAACUCAGGCUAGAGACUCUGCAUGCUGAAAAACCUGCUCUGGAAAAUGACCUCACCCAAACUGAAAAACCCAUCAUGCAGCCUCUGGAUCUAGAAACUGAAAAGUUAAAACUUGAAAAAGAACGUUUGCAGUUAGAGAAAGAGAGGCUGCAGUUCCUGAAGUUUGAGUCAGAAAAGCUGCAGAUUGAGAAGGAGCGCUUACAAGUAGAGAAGGAGCGCCUUCGAAUUCAGAGAGAGGGUCACUUGCAGUAAAUGUCUCAGCUAAGGUGUCAACGUUAGUGUUUUGAUGUUUCUAAAUUAGAAGUAGUUCUUUCCUUGAUACUGAAACUGGCCUAGAGGCUUAACAUUCUUCUGUUCACAGUUGAAUGUUGAUGUUAAACUGAAAAAAAAAUGGUGCUCCAUAUGUCAGUGUGCCUACACUAUAAAUGAUCUUAUGUGUGAAAUUGCCUUUCAGUGUAUCAGAACUUACGUGUUAUAUUCUCUUGUCUUCAGUAUUGUGCUGUAUUAGUUCAGUGUCCUCCUCUCAUAGAGGCCUUGAAAAUAAUCCAGGCUGAACCUUGUAUUUGUCACUGUACUAGCAGGAAGGAAGGAACAGAAUAAAUCAGUGUUUGCUGUGAGGACAUGGUGCUGACAAUAGGCUAUAUGGUAAGGAAGUGUAAUUUUGGCAGAGCACAGGAAUACAGAGUCAUGAGAGUAAUUCAUUAAAUUUUAUUGCCCCCUGCUUUUUUUCUCCACUCCCACAAGUGAGAAUAGCAGUUGAAAGAGUUAUCUAGAAGUUAAAGUGCAAGUUAAAUUUGUUGCAGUUGUGUUUACUAUUGUUCCAUGGCUUGAACUGAAUGGGAAUGUAGAAAAUAGGUUUGCUAUAAGCUGGCCUGUUGGUUUCACCAGGCCAUCAAUAAUGCUUUAUGGAGUAGAGCACUUGUGUUAGCAUAGCACAGGGUAUUUACUGAUUGAUCCAGCAUUCUGUCUAAUGAGUCUGUGAUGACCCCCUGAAGGAAAUUGCUAGACCUUGUUUGUUCUUGGUAGGCAGCAGCUGCUGAUAAGAAUCUCAGAAAUGGAGACAUGGAGACUGAGCACAACCUAAGAACCUCUGCUACACUCAUUGCUGGUUCUGCCUGGCCAGUGCCAAGGUCAUGUCUGCAAGGCAGCCAGAAGAGGCUUCUUUGUCUCUCUAUGUAAUAUAUUUUAAUUAGACAAACAGAAAUGGUCAGUGCUGAAGGCUGUUAGUAUUUUUCAUAGGCAAUGUAGUCAUAUAACAAUAAAACAAAACAAAACAAAAAAAACCCACCAAACCAAAACAACCAGCCAAGGAAAGAAGCUUUCUAUUAUUUCAUAUAUGUUUAAAUCCCAACUGAGCCAGACUUCGCCUUUCUCAUCUUUCUGCAAAUAACUGUCUUUUUAACUCCAUUGGAAAUGUAGAACUGUGGGAAUACUAAGUCUAAACAUAUGUUGAGUGACUUAGAUUAAUUCGUGUGCAAGUAAAUAAUAUUUAUACCACUACAGGUUUACUUUUAUUCUGCAAAGAUUAUUUUUUUAUUACUGAAACAAGUGUGCUUCUACAGUGGAAAUAAAUUUGACUACUACACUCCAAAA